UUAUUAAGAAAUUCAUAGAGACUCAGCUGGGACAACAAGGCGACAUUAACCACAAAUAACCUGAAUAUUAAGGGAGACGUUUCUAGCCAUCAGAUAAGAUAGAGGUGUGUCUGUCUGUCAACUCAGUAGUGAAGAAGACGACACAUGGAUGUACAGGAUAUAGUGAUGGACGGCCAUCCGGUGCCCGUUCUCAUCCAGUCAGAGGACUCAGGCAGCUUUGAACUGGAUGAGGACGCCCUCGAGGAAGUCCUACUCAACCCCAAGAUAGCCGACAAACACGUGUGCGUGCUGGCAGUGGCCGGGGCGUUCCGUAAAGGCAAAUCUUUCCUCCUCGACUUUCUCUUGAGAUAUAUGAGUUCGCAGCUGUUAACGCAAUCACAAGAGUGGCUCGGUGAUGUGGACCAGCCACUAAAAGGGUUCAAGUGGAGGCAGGGAUCCAAGAGAGAGACGACUGGAGUACUGAUCUGGAGUGAACCUUUUGUUAUUAAGAAGAGAUCUGGGGAAGAGAUUGCGGUCAUACUAAUGGACACACAGGGAACCUUCGACAUACAAUCGUCCAUGAAAGACUCGACGACAGUGUUCGCCCUAACGACCAUGGUGUCGUCGGUGCUGGUGUACAAUCUGAUGAACAACGUACAGGAGGACGACUUAAUGAACCUACAGUUGUUCACGUCUUAUGGCAUGUUGGCUCAAGAGGACUGUGAUAGUGCUCAUCCCUUCCAGAGACUACACUUCCUGGUCAGAGACUGGGGGUUCCCUUACGAGGUCCCUUAUGGUCAUCAAGGUGGACAAACACUUCUGGACGACAUAUUACAGGUAACAGAGAAGCAACACCCAGCACAUCAGGAGGUGCGUCGGGAUCUGCGCAAAUGUUUCCGGGACAUAAACUGCUACCUUAUGCCACAUCCCGGGUUCAAGGUCAUACAAAAGGCGGACUUUGACGGCAGAUUAUCAGAUAUCGAAGAGGAAUUUGUCAACCACUUGAAGGUCCUGGUGCCUCGACUCUUGGCUCCAGAGAACUUGGUCAAGAAGGAGAUAGGUGGCCAACCUAUAAAGUCUAGGGACCUGCUCAAAUUCUUUACCCUAUUCAUGGAGGUGUUUAAGGACAAUGACUUACCUGAACCUACUACCCUUGUUGAGUUUGCCGCACGAGCCAGCAGUCAAGCAGCUCUCGAGGCCGGCAAAGAAUAUUACGCCGAGACCAUGGAAGCUCUUGUAGGUGGUGACCGGCCUUUCCUCAAGACGGUCCAGAUGGAGGCCGAACAUAAAAGGGCCAAGGAGAAGGCCAUACAGACCUAUCUCGAUAAGAAUAAAUAUGGCCGGAAAAAUCAGAGCGUCGUCGAGAAAUACCAAAAUAUUCUUGUGGAGGAAGUCGAAAAAAUAUACCAGAAAUAUUCACAGCAGAACGAAGCCAAGAACGUGUUUAAGGCGGCCCGCACCCCGGCCACGCUGUUCUCCGUUCUCAUGUUCUUUUACCUCCUGUCGGGGAUCUUCGGCCUCUUUGGGAUGUAUUCAUUUGCUAAUAUGUGUAACCUGGCCAUGGGGGUGUUCCUCAUCAUGCUAACUGUUUGGGCAUAUGUUAGGUACAGCGGAGAGUACAGAGAUGCGGGCGUGUACAUCGACGAAUUAGCCACAUUUUUAUGGGAAAACGUCAUACACCCUGUUUACCAGACUUACAUGGAAAAGCAUUUGAGGGAGGCGGCAGAACAGGCGGCCCAACAAGCCCUCACCAGCACGCUGACCAAUGGCAAGGUCAAGUCAUCAUGAUCCACCAAUCAGCUCCUCUCUCCCCGCCUCAGAACAAGCGUUUCUACCGCCCGUGUUAACUACUUUGCGUUAUAACCAGUUUUUUGUUUUUUUUAUCGGAACUACGGUAAAAACUUCCAAAUAACGAAGUUCUCUCUCUAUAUAGUUCAUUAGUUGGGGGUUUCACAUCUAACAGACCCUCGAUAUAAUGGACUUUCAUGUCUAUAAAGUUCAUUAAAUGGGGGUUUUACAUCUAUCAGACCCUUGAUAUAAGAGACUCCUCCCUAUGAAAUCCAUUAUAUCGAGGUUUUGCUAUAUUAUAAGGAAAUUGUUGUCUAGACGUUCUAAAAAAAAUACUAUUUUUUGUGAUAGUUAUAAAAAAAAUAUCCCCAGUGGUGUUGACAAUGAACCUCUUGAUAUAUUAGUGAUAAUAUUUUUGUGUACCAUCUUCGGCUGUUGGGGGUGUGGUCAGCUGUUGCGGGUGUGGUCAGCUGUUGAGGGUGUGGUCAGCUGUUUGUGUCACAUCCUUGAGACGUUUAUAAUCUCUUAAGGGCAGUACAUUGUAAAGUCUGUCUGGCUUCAUUUAAUUAUUUUUAUUUUGAUCGAUUGUAAGAAAGUUUAUUCUGAAGACAUUAUUAUUAUUAUUAUUAUUUUUAACUGUGGUAUCGUAAAAGAAAUACUUGUUCGGAAGAUAUUAUUAUUAUUAUUGUUAUGGAUAAGCUAUUGAAAAAGGGUUAAAUGUGGAUAUUUCAUUAUCAUUGUUAUUUUAUAUUUGAAAAAAAGGUUUUGUGUAAAAAGGUCUCUUCCAGGAUGCUUUGUAAUUUAUUAUGCCAACGCUUACAAGUUAGUGUCUGAGGAUAAUGAUGUGGUCGGCAAAAUGCUCAUUUUUCUUACCCUCGGAUAAAAUGCAUUCUUACCCUUGGACAAAAUGCAUUCUUACCCUUGGACAAAAUGCAUUCUUACCCUCGGACAAAAUGCAUU